ACGAAAAUAAUUUUAUGGUUGGGGGUCACCACAACAUGAGGAACUGUAUUAGAGGGUCGCGGCAUUAGGAAGGUUGAGAACCACUGUGUAGAUUGUUGCUAGGUGAAAAUGAUUUGGGAGGAUUGUAAAUCCAUUCAAUUAAUGACACACUCAAGAGGGUUUUGUUUGGUUUUGUUUAAGACCCCUUCAAAUUACUCAGUACAGGUCUCCUAAUUCCCAGUAGGUUUGGGAAUUUCUCAGAGCAAAGAGAUGAUAUUGUAUCAUUAAUUCACGUUGCAUGAUAUCUUUAUUUCUAGGAACCUAUUGGAGAAAUAAACAUUGUUUUUAAGUCAAAGGAAAGAACAUAAACAUUUUAUUGAAAUUAUUUAACUUAAGUCCCCAGGGCGAUCUUUGAUACAAAGUGUCCUUUUUAAGCACUUACUCCUAGACUUUAUUGGGGAAGAAGAGUUAUUUGUUUCUCUGAGUUAAAGGUUAAUUAUGAAUUAAAUGAUAUCCUUGACCUUAACUAAUGGAAAGGAGGAGAAAAGAUGACAUAAAGGGUGAGACAGAAACAGUUUCUCAGUGAGGGGAGUGCAGUCAUUAUUUUGUGUCAAGGCUCCACUCUUGGUAAGUGGCCACAGACAUUUAGAAGCUUGGAAGGAAGUAGUGCAUUUAAAGGGUUGAAAAACACAAACGUAUUCUAAGAAGCACAUCUUUAUAGUAAGCAGUUGGUAAGAGCUUCACCUUCUCACAUAUUUUUAACAAGUUCAUUUGCUUUAUGAAACCACAAAUUAAAAGGUGCCACUGCCUUUUACCUGUGUGACCAAAGUUACACCAUACCACAACAUUGCCAUGUAAUCCCUUUGCUAGUUCCUCAUUUUAAAGUAAUGUGGACUGACUCAUUCAUCAGAAGACCAUUUUUGCCAAACAGAAUGAUUAGUUAUAGAUACUCAGUAUGUUUCCGCUGACUGAGGGAAACAAGCAUGUGGCCCAGUUGUUGUUCAGUACUGGUACAUGUCCAAGAUGUAUCUUCAGGUUCUGUGGUGUGGAUUUUCAUGCACCUUACAAACUUUCUUACGAGGAGUUGUUCAAUGAACUACAGAAAUUUCUGAAAACUGAAAAAGGUGAAUUAAUUUUGGAAGUUCCAAACCCACCUCCCAAGAAAAUUCGACUCCAUGAACUGGAAGAUGGGAUUGAUGGGACUGAUAAUCAGAGUCAAAAUGGAGAGGGAAGGGUGUCCAUUAUUGAAGGCGGAAGCAUUGCUUUUAAGAGCUCCAGUCCAAAUGUAUGCAAUGUAUGCCUAGGAAUUCUUCAGGAAUUCUGUGAAAAAGAGUUCAUUAAAAAGGUGUGCCAAAAGGUAGAGGCCUCUGGAUUUGAAUUCACUAACUUAGUGUUUUCAGUCUCCUUCCCACCACAGCUAUCUGUAAGAGAGCAUGCUGCAUGGUUGCUGGUAAAACAGGAAAUGGGAAAGCAGAGUCUGUCACUGGGAAGAAAUGACAUAGUUCAGCUAAAAGAAGCCUACAAAUGGAUAACUCACCCCCUGUUUUCAGAGGAACUGGGUGUUCCCAUUGAUGGAAAGAGCUUGUUUGAAGUGAGUGUGGUCUUUGCUCACCCAGAAACAGUGGAGGAUUGCCACUUCCUACGUGCAAUAUGCCCGGAUUGCUUCAAGCCAGCCAAAAACAAACAGUCAGUAUUCACUAGAAUGGCGGUUAUGAAAGCUUUGAAUAAGAUAAACGAAGAGGAUUUCCGCAAGCAGUUUCCUUGUCCUCCAAACUCACCAAAGGCUGUAUGCUCUGUUCUUGAAAUGGAAUGUGCUCAUGGUGCUGUCUUUGUGGCUGGGAGAUAUAAUAAAUACUCCAGGAAUCUGCCACAAACUCCUUGGAUAAUUGAUGGAGAAAGGAAGCUGGAAUCUUCAGUGGAAGAAUUAAUUUCAGAUCAUCUUUUGACAGUAUUCAAAGCAGAGAGUUUUAAUUUUUCAUCCUCUGGAAGAGAAGAUGUAGAUGUGAGGACAUUAGGAAAUGGAAGGCCCUUUGCAAUUGAGCUGGUGAAUCCUCAUAGAGUACAUUUCACUUCACAAGAAAUUAAGGAACUUCAGCAGAAAAUUAAUAGCUCGUCUAACAAAAUCCAAGUCCGUGACUUGCAGCUUGUCACAAGAGAGGCAAUAGGACAUAUGAAAGAAGGUGAAGAAGAAAAGACCAAGACCUAUAGUGCCUUAAUAUGGACAAAUAAAGCAAUACGGAAGGAAGACAUUGAAUUUCUAAAUGACAUGAAGGACUUAAAGAUCGACCAGAAGACACCUCUGCGGGUCCUGCACCGGAGGCCCCUGGCUGUAAGAAAUCGCAUCAUUCACUCCAUGGAGACAUGCUAUGUGGAUGAGCAUCAUUUCCGCCUCCAGCUAAAGACUCAGGCUGGAACCUACAUUAAAGAGUUUGUACACGGAGACUUCGGGAGAACCAAGCCGAACAUUGGCUCUCUGAUGAAUGUGACUGCAGACAUUCUUGAGCUGGACGUUGAGUCUGUAGAUGUUGACUGGCCCCCUGCUCUGGAUGACUAGCUUUCAAGUUUGGAAACGGAGUAGGGUUUUUGUGGCCCAACGUGGAUGUCCAUUCAGCAUACAUUGUGAAACGGCUGUUUACCCACCAUAAGGGUGUCUUGGCAACUGUUUGGAUCAUGUUGAUCUAUUUAUUUUUAAACUUGUAACAUCUCAGGAUCCAUAUACAGUAUGUGUAGAAUGUGUGCUACAUUGUUCUAAAGAUGUCUUAUGAUUUUUCUUGUUCCCUCGCCAACCCCCACAAGUCCAACUAUGAAUUAUGAAACCAUUCCCUAUAUUCAUUCUUCCAUUUAGAGAGGUGCACAAACAGGAUACAUUCUCUGAUAAUCUUAAGAAGCUGUAAUUUCUUUCAGCAAAACUUCCCUUCACAAGAGAAUUACCACCUUUAAAAUCAUGUUCUAAAUUUUUAAAACAAUGUUGAUAAGUUGUCUAUAUUUAUGCAGCACAGUAUCUUAUAAUAAGAUACCAAAUGCAAAUCUGAGACCAUUAAUAUUUUUCCCAGUAAGCUUCUAGCAAGCUAUUACCAAUAGAAGUACUCUUGGUGUGAUUUGUCACAAAUGCUAAUGACUUCAAGUUACUCAUUGACAAUCUAAAAUUGUCAAUGCCUUUCCUGGAGAGGGAAAGUAAAACCUUAGGAAUCGAGGUAAGAGACUUUAAUAAAUCUUUUAAAGAAGGAGACACAAGUGCCUUCAAUAACUUCAUUGCCAGGGAUAAGAUUUUGAAAAAUUGAGAUUGCCCAAAAAAGGUGAUACUAUUCUAGCGGGCUUCAAUAUAUUAUCUAACCUCAAACAUCCUUAUCAGGUAGACAGGAUAUUAUCAUCUCCAUGUUAUAAAUAUGAAAACCAAAGAUAGCAGUUAAAUGAUUUAUCUAAAUUGUUAGUUACUUCCAUGUCUAAGACCAAACUUACGUUUCCUGGUCUGUAGGCCCUUUCUAAUAAACCUUAUUAUUGAGCACAUACUGUGUGAAGGAGGCAGUUGAGGAUGUCAUUUUAAUGCACAUAACCAUGAAAACUGACUUUUAGAAUUUAGAUUCAAGGAGCUUAUCCCAAAAUAGCCCAAGUAUAUUUCAUAGUAUCUCAUGAUUACCAUUUGCUAGUAAGUUAAUCAUCAGUACUAUGAAGAGGAAAAAACAAACAAAACCUAGAGAAAACGGUUGAGUCAUUAAGAGAAAACUUUCAGAAAGGAGUCUCAUUAAAAUUUUACGCUUCAGUGUCAUUUCCAUCAUCCUGACUCAACCCUCUGAGCUUCAGAACACAUGUGACUUGGAUAGUAUUAGAUUACCCAGUUUCCUAUCUCUCCAAUAUAAUUCAGAUACUAAGAUGUAUUAUUUUAAAAAAUUGUUUUAAAAUAUUUUUUUUAUUGAUUUCAGAGAGGGAGAGG